UGCUCACCAAGUUCUGUGCUACCCAGGGAUUUUGUUCUGAAGUGUACAAAGUUACUUAGGUUUUGUGGUGGUUUUUGGUGCGUGCAGAUUUUUUUUGUAUUGAAGAAGAGACAAAAAUGUAUAUGCUUGAAUAAAUACAUAAACAUGUAUAUGCUUUAAAUUGAAAAAUACUAAAGUGCUAAAAAUAAAGUGUGAUUUCGAAAAUUGUAUUUUUAAAAGUGGAAGUGUUGUUAAAAUACAGCACCUAAUUUUCAAAGGCUUGGAAUUAAACAAUUUAGUGCUUUUUAGAUGCAACAAAAAGUGAUAACGCAACUGUAUUGUGUAAAUUAUUUAAACUGUAAAGGCAAAAGUUAUUAAAGCGUAAAGUAAAAGUCUGUAAUAGCGUGAAUGAAAAUUAUACAAUAAGCUGGUAUUAGUAUAGUUUUAUUAGGUCAAUCACUAAAAGUUUUGCAUCGCUGUUUACUUCAUACAUACAUAUGUACAUAUAUCGUGCAUAUUCAACUCAAUCACAAUUGGCUGAAUUUCAUGUGUUUUUGUGUAUUAAAUAAACCAGCAGCCGCUUCUCGCAACACCUUAUCGACUAAAGUUGUAAAAGCAAGUGACAUUACACCAAGAAUUCUUAACAGAGUGCAGCAAAUCAAUUUAGAGGGGGCAGUAACCAACGAUACAAGCGUUUAUAUUUACAACGUUGAGAAAGCCUGAGAUGAAUGUACGAUCAAUCAAUCGCCCACACUUAUUAAGUUAACUGAGGAGGCGGCUUUAAACCAGACUAUGUACAUACGUACAUCUGCAACAUAAUUAAAGAGACGUUCUUUGCUUAUUGCGAAUUGUAUAAAAUCCAAGUACCCAAGCCUAGUAAUUGGCCUUAACAUUACAACGUCACAGAAAAUCCAAUUCUACACCGAAAUAAUAGAACACACAUAGAUAAAAACUCGUCCACAUAAAAACAAAAUGCAGUGCAGCCUAGAACAAAUGAAUGACUGCGAACGUUCACCGAACCGGACCAAUCUUCGUGUCAACUUUAAUGAGAAAGGAGCUGAAGUAAAAGAGCGACGCGAAAAAUUUCUCACCGCCAAGUAUGGUUCACAUCAAAUGAGUCUGAUACGCAAGCGUUUGGCUGUUGAAAUGUGGUUGUAUGAUGAACUGCAGAAGCUCUUUGAUCCACCGAGUGAGGCUAUUGAUGUGGAUAUUGAUGAAAUUUUAGACAUGGAUACCGAUGAUAUAAGAAGAUCACAUUUAAUACGACUUUUGUCAGUCUGCAAACGCCCACAAGCGGAUAUAUCCAAAUUCAUCAGUGAUUUAUUGGAUCGAGCAAAAACACUGUAGAUUUACUGCUCUGACGCAACGGUACUUUAUUAACAAAAAAAAUAUAAAACCCGGAAUGAUGCAGAUUAAUUUUAGACCUAAAUAUAUUAUUUUGUAAUAAGUAGUAAUCUUUUUGUUCAAAAAACUAUGUAAUGCCUUUUGUUAUUUCUCAACAUUUUUGAUUUUGAAAACAUGUUUUUUGAUUUAAAGAUAUCUUUUUAACUUGAAAUAAUUUAUUAUUAAAAUUAUAUACAAAUUUUAUAUACGACGCGCAUAGAAUAUAUUGAAUAUUCAUACGUGCAUAGAAUUAAAUAAUUUAUUAUCACUUGUAAAACCAAAAGCGCAUGGAUGAUAUUUAAAUCAGACAUGUAAUAUAACCAAAAAUAAUAAUUUAAAUAUAAAUUUCAGUAGCUAAGUAUGUAAGUAUAAGUGAUUCUGAAAAACAAAAUAAAUACAGUAAAGUUAAGCAACUAAUCAUGACAACACCAUACAUUUGUAUACCAAAAAACAAAAUAAAUAAAUAAUUGACACAAAGCAAGUACUAAAUUUAAUAAGAGAAAAAUUUUGCAAGUUUAAGGGAUUCGUGUGAUGAUUUGUAUACAAUAGAAAUACACACAUAUCGCAAUUAUCUCAAAUGUUCAUAAAAAUUGCUAUUAUGCUUCAAAUGUGGGACGAUAACCAAUUAGUUAAAUUUAAAUUACGUUCACCCACAGUAGUCACAGCGUUCAAUGUUUGAAAAACAAACACAUUUUUCCUUUUUUAUUAAUCUUCUACUCUUAAUAUUAUUUAUCAUUAAAAAAACAACAUACAAAAUCAAAUUUUGCUGUGAAUAACUAUUAUUAAUUAAAUGUUGGAUGUUCAAAACGCUUCUCUUUACCUUCACAAUGAUUCUCAGGUAUAAAUGUACUUUUUCUUUCAAUAAUUUCAAAAAAAGUCGUUGAUAAUAAUAUUUAUUUCCGAAUUCUUUUCGUCAAUGUUUUUACUAAAUAUAUCACGGACUUGUUAGAAAAGUUGGUGCUGCGGGUUCGGAAGAAAAUAACAUAACUUCGUACAACUAGCCCACACUUGUUAAAUGUGUUAUGGAAUAGUAUAUGUAUGUACUUGUAUAAGUCCAAAAUAUUCCUUCAAUGUAACUAUUCAAUUUGAUUGGGAAGAGGUAGUUUUAUUGAGUGAUUGGUGAGCUUACUUAUGUAUAUAAAAAUGAUUUUGCUUUUGAAAAGUCUAUGGAAUAAAAAUUUUUACAUUUACAUUUUUUUAAUUUAUGAUUUGUGUCGUCCUGCUUUCAUAAGAUGUAUUACUUAAGACUGUACUUCUCAGUCGAUGUAAUUUUUGGAAGCUAAUUUUUUGAAAACUGCCAGUAAUAAAAAUACUUUGCAUAUAGACUUGUUCGAAAAAAUUGGAGCAACUAACAAGAGAAAUAAAGCAAAUGUUAUUAAUUUUACAGUGAUAUUUAAAGGCAAACUUAAUUUUAAGAAAAAUGUAUACAAAUUAAAAUUUAUAUCAAAAUAAAUGUACACCUAACGCUGUAAUUCGAAUAAAUUAUCUGGGACAUUUUAAUUUAUAUACAAUUGACCACAUCUGGAACUCUAAAACUCUAUGAGAAUCUCGACAACAUUAUCUUUUCCUUGUUGAGUCGUAUAACUGUUUGCUAUAAAAAAGAAGCCAAUUAAAAUGGGUAUUUUGGCUAAAAUUGUCAUUAUUUUUAAAAAACUUUCUGAACCAACAACUUUGCGUAUUUUUACGUCCUAAAAGAUAGACAAUUUAUCAUAUUAAUAUUUGACUCCUAAAUAUUGCAACAAAUAAAUUGAUAGCAAGUUUUAAAUUUUA